UAUACUUGUAGCCUUGCUAUAUAAAUAUGUGAAGUGAGCACUCCUCAUUUCAUUAUCAAUCAAGUACUUGCAAUUCUUUGUAACUGAGAGAUUAACAAAGAGAGAAAUUUCAUUUUGAGAAAAGAAAAAGAGAUGGGUAUUUCUGGUCAUUGGGCAUUUGUUUUUGGUGUCCUUGGAAAUAUUAUCUCGUUUAUUGUUUUCCUUUCUCCAAUACCAACAUUUAAUAAAAUUUACAAGAAGAAAUCAACUGAAGGAUAUCAAUCAAUUCCAUACGUGAUUGCUCUCUUUAGCUGCAUGCUUUGGAUUUACUAUGCAUUUUUGAAGACCAACACAACACUUCUCAUCACUAUUAACUCCUUUGGAAUGCUCAUUGAGACUAUCUACGUUGGCCUCUUCCUUUACUAUGCACCAAAGAAAGCCAGGGUCAAUACUGUGAAAAUGCUACUUUUAACAGUGGUUGGUGGAUUUGGUGCAAUAAUCGUUGUUACUCAAUUUGUAUUCAAAGGAGCUGUUCGUGGACAAAUUGUUGGAUGGAUUUGCCUUAUUUUCUCAUUAUGUGUCUUUGUUGCACCCUUAGGCAUUGUGAGACAAGUUAUUAAAACAAAGAGUGUGGAAUACAUGCCAAUUCUCCUAUCAGUUUUUCUAACAAUAAGUGCUGUGAUGUGGUUCUUCUAUGGUCUUCUACUAAAAGACCUGAACAUUGCUGCUCCAAAUAUUUUGGGAUUCAUUUUCGGUAUACUCCAAAUGAUUCUCUAUGCGAUGUAUCGCAAAAAAGAUAAUAAGCCCAUCGUUAACGUUAAUGUUGAGGUGCAAAAUCCGGUUAUAAUCUUGGACGAUAACAAGAAGAUUCCAGAAUUAACCGAAGAACAAAUAAUCGAUAUAGUGAAGCUUGGUAAAUUGGUUUGUUCUGGAAAAAUUCAAAUGGCUUCCACUCUGAAUCAAAAUGCAGCUAAAGAAGUGAAGCUAACCAAUCUGCAAACUGAGGAGGCCUAAUUAAAACUUUUGUAAACCU